CGGAGGCCUCGGGCGGUUUGACUGGGUAUUCACAGAAGCUGCUUAAGGCCGUUGCGCAGCGUAGGGCGGCGACGGGGAUAGGCGGCUGCGCGGCGUUGGCGCACGGCACACACAGAGCGCAGCAGCGGCCGCAGCAGCAGGAGCCGCAGCAGCAGGAGCCCGGCACGGAGCGGCGGCAGCAGCGGGGACAAAGGGACUGAUCGGCGCGGCCGCGGGGGCUCCCGGCAGGAGGCAGCAGCUGCCGGCGCCGGAACCGGCGCGGGGGAGCGGCAGGAGGGUCCGGCCGCGUCGGCGGGUCCCAUGUGCCCUGGGCGCCCAGGGGAGCAGCCGCCGCCAGGGCUCUGAAGCCGGCUGAGGAGGAGCCGGGGCCGGGAGCUGCCGCCAUGGCCUGUGCCGCCGCCUGCGGCCGCCGCCCGCAUUGCAGCCGCCUCAGCGCGAGCCGCCGCCCGCUGCCCCUGCGGGCGCUAUGAGGAGCCGCGCCGGAGCCGUCGCCUCAUCCCCGCACUGAGGAGCCGGAGCGAGCGAGGGCGCCCGACCGCUUCACUCCCCCACUCCGCCCGCCGAGGAUCCCAGCGCCCGCGCCGAGUCCUCUUCCACGCUCGCCUUUGCCGUCGCCUCGCGGAGCAACGCGCAGAGCCGGAGAUCCUUCCGCCGGAGAAAAUAGUGCCAUCGCUGCCGCUGCUGCCUCCCUAAGAGGAGGGGGGUUGGGGGGAGAGAGAGAGAAGGAGAAAAACCAGCGAGGGAAGAAGAGGAGCUCGGCUGUAGCCUGCGCCCCAUGUGACUGGCUCCCAGGGUGGGGGCAGCAAGGCCUAGCAACCCCCACUGUUUCGCAGCCCGCAGCAGGAGCAGCAUCGGGGGGGGGGCUUGUGUGCUGGGUGGAGGCAGUUGUUGGACCCAGUGGUGGUGCUGGGAAGGAUGGUUUUAUAAACGAGGAGUGAAGAAGCCCUGAGAAGAGAGAUUCAGAGGGGGAGAGGGUUUCCCCUGAGGGGGAGGGGGCUGGAAUUUAAUGUUGCAUUUUUUAUCCCUCUCCACCUGAGAGGCACGCACACCAACCACCAGGAAGAGAAGAAGGCGAAAGGAAGAAAGGAGGAGAGGUGAUCAGAGGGAGAGAGAGAGAGACCAUGUCAGGGCGGCCCAGAACCACCUCCUUUGCAGAGAGCUGCAAACCAGUGCAGCAGCCUUCAGCAUUUGGCAGCAUGAAAGUUAGCAGAGACAAAGAUGGCAGCAAAGUGACUACAGUGGUGGCAACUCCUGGACAGGGUCCAGAUCGACCGCAAGAAGUUAGUUAUACAGACACCAAGGUUAUUGGAAACGGAUCUUUUGGUGUUGUGUAUCAAGCCAAACUCUGCGAUUCAGGAGAGCUUGUGGCCAUUAAGAAAGUUCUUCAGGACAAAAGAUUUAAGAACCGAGAGCUCCAGAUCAUGAGAAAGUUGGAUCACUGUAACAUUGUCCGAUUGCGAUACUUCUUCUACUCUAGCGGAGAGAAGAAAGACGAGGUGUACCUCAACUUGGUGCUGGACUACGUUCCUGAAACAGUAUACAGAGUUGCCAGACAUUAUAGCCGGGCCAAACAGACACUCCCUAUGAUCUAUGUCAAGUUGUACAUGUAUCAGCUGUUCCGGAGUUUAGCCUAUAUCCAUUCCUUUGGAAUCUGCCAUCGGGAUAUAAAACCACAGAACCUCUUGCUGGACCCUGAUACAGCUGUCCUAAAACUCUGUGACUUUGGAAGUGCAAAGCAGCUGGUUCGCGGAGAACCUAAUGUCUCAUACAUCUGCUCUCGGUACUACAGGGCACCAGAGUUGAUCUUUGGAGCCACCGAUUAUACCUCCAGUAUAGAUGUGUGGUCAGCAGGAUGUGUAUUGGCAGAACUGUUACUUGGACAACCAAUCUUUCCAGGCGACAGUGGUGUGGAUCAGUUGGUGGAAAUAAUCAAGGUCCUGGGAACGCCUACAAGGGAACAAAUUAGAGAAAUGAAUCCAAACUACACUGAAUUCAAAUUCCCUCAGAUUAAGGCACAUCCAUGGACUAAGGACUCGUCAGGAACAGGACAUUUCACCUCAGGAGUGCGGGUCUUCCGACCCCGCACUCCACCAGAAGCAAUCGCACUAUGUAGCCGUCUGCUGGAGUACACCCCCACUGCCCGCCUGACUCCCCUGGAAGCAUGUGCGCACUCUUUCUUCGAUGAACUACGGGACCCAAAUGUCAAACUACCGAAUGGGCGAGAGAAACCUGCACUCUUCAACUUCACCACUCAAGAACUGUCAAGUAACCCAUCUUUGGCUUCGAUCCUCAUCCCUGCUCAUGCUCGGAAUCAAGCAGCUGCUUCAACCCCUACAAAUGCUACAGCAGCCUCAGAUUCCUGUACAGGUGGGCUCAUGGUACUGAUGGGAGCUGGCUUUUCAGGAAGAUGUUAAUGCAGGAGAGCGAGGUCAGACCAAUAACGCAGCUUCAGCAUCAGCCUCCAACUCCACCUGAAGUGGUCCCACGCAAGCCAGCUGCACAGGAAAAAUCACCAGUAAUUUGAGUCUUGCUCAGCAACACUGGUCACAUUUGGAAAGAAAAUUAAAAGAGGAAAAAAACAAAACGAAACAAACCCUGUUCAUUUUAGUGUUCAAUUUUUUUAUUAUUAUUGUUGUUCUUAUUUAACCUUGUAAAAUAUCUAUAAAUACAAACCAGUUUCAUUGUAUUCUCACUCUGCGGGGUCUCCAGGGCAGGGGAAUAGGUGGGGGGGAGAAGGGAAAGUGGAGCAAUAGAACACACCAAUGUCUCUUCCCUUGACAAUCUCUUCGCAUGGAAAGUUUGCUGUUGUGUACUUCAGAACAAGGACUCUUGCCUCAUGCCCCCUCCCACAACAGAAAGAACGUCAUUCUCUGCUGACGUUGGUUUUUUUUUUUUUUUUUUUAAUAACCUCUUUUUUUAUUUUCCUUUGAAGUGAAGUUUCAGACUUUGGUGUAGUGCACAGCUUGAAUUUGGUUGGGAGCUUAGCCAGGAUCAUUCAACAGAGCGCAGUGUUUCUUGUAAGUGAAUCCAUAUCGAGGCUAUCUGAAGAACUGCCUUUGGCAUGGUCUGGGGGAUGGGGAGGUGAUAAGAUAAUAUGUAGGGCGGGGGGUGCUUACUGUAUGUCUAAACUUGGAACUGCUAGUGGAAGACUUACUUUAAAAAUUAGCGCUAGCAAGGGAGAAACCUGCAGCUUCAAUAUGGAAAAAAAGCCUAUCAAGUGGGAUAUAUAUGGAUAUAUAUUUAUAAUAUAUACACACACGCAUGUCAAACACACCUGGUUAGCUUUAUUGAAGCAGCUUGUUUGCCUAGUCUGAGCUCCUCCACCAAGUCUUGGACUUCUGUUUUGAAGAGAGCCAUGUAGUGCAAGAGAAGGGCCAGUCAGCUCUAAUCUCCAGCAGAGAGAAGAUGAUGAAUGGAAUCCCGCAGGAGGAGGGGGCAGGCAGAGUUUUGGGGCCUUUUGGAAAGUGGCCACUGUGAAAGCAUUUUUCAGUUUUUUGCUCUGAACGGGAUGCCCUUUCCCAAGAUGCACACAGGAAAAGGACACCAGGGUUUAUAAUGUGAACUGUAACAAUCUACUGGUUUAUUUGUAAUAUUUUUUACUGCAGUUUGAGCUUGCAGAUUGCCACGCUCUAUAGAUAGAUCUAAUUUUAAAUCCACAGCUAGAAUCUGUAUUUAAUUUCAUCAUUUUAACCUCCUGCUUUUUUAAUCUUUAUUUAUUGAUGCAUGUCAGAGUUGCCAUUAUGUUUUUACAUGGGUAGAAUAUUAAUAAAAUACACAUCAAAUGAUAUCAACAGUAACUUGUACCUGCUGACUUGAGGGGAAGCUGACGACAUAAGUGUGUGUAUAUAAUAUAAAUAGAUACAGUACUGCUUUUUGAGUUUUAUUUUGUCUACAGUCUUUAAAUGGUCUGAUUGAAGCAUAAGAUGAAUGUUUGUUUCCAGUCUGAGUUUAAGGGUUUUUUUUCCUGUAGUGGUGAAUGGUGUUAGAAUCAAAGUCUCCAUUUCUGAAGUUAAAGCAAUAUUCCUUGGGAGAAGUCAGUUGAGCAGCAGGAAGAGUUGCAGCUGCAAUGCAGAAAUAGACUUUUGAGGCCUGGUCUGUCUCAUCGUUGAGGCUGAUGUCCCUGUGGGCCUUACACACGUUCAGAGAAACCUUAGUCGCCUGGUGCUUAUGGGCUGUUACUUGACCUGUGGAUCUUUAAGGCACAAUAAAUUGUUUCUUACAUUUACAGACUUUUAUGUGUGGCCCAGGAGUAGCCAGCAGUAGCGGCUAACUAAACGCAGUCACUGCAGGGUGGCAGGAGGUUUGUUUAUGAACUCAGUACAUUUCCUGUCCAUGUGCUUCAUGUUUGCCCGUUUGUGAGAUUUUUUUGAAGGAAUGUUUCUUAGCAGCCGUAGAGGUCCCUCUGUCCUGUCUGCUAAACAACGGCUGUCUGGGAGGGGAGUUGUUUGCACAGAUGAGUGGAUACCUGGAAAGAGAAUGGCUAAUCCACCUUAGUUAUGUCCCUCAUUAUUUAGUGAAACUGUGGGCAACAGAAAAGAUUUUUUAAGCAGCUCUAGGCUGAUUACAGCUGAAGAGAAGGGAAACCAUGUUUUUUAAUUGAACAAAAACACCCCCUGCACUUGUAAUAAAUAACUGAAGCCUGAAAGGAGUGUUAAUGCAAGCAAUGAGCCAGUGAGUGCCAUGAAUGAUGGACUAGAGCCUGACAUGAUCAAAUGUCCGGAGAGAUUUUAGAAGACUUGAAAAGCUGGGGACAGUAGCAGUGACUGGAUCUGCUGUAUAGACAAGACAGCUGGAAGGCUGGGCAAAGACAUUUACUCUGGACUUGGGGACAGUAAAUUACCAAGUUGAUAAAAAUCGCUGCUUGUUUCAGGUGGUUGGUAGAGGAGAAGAGUAAAGAGCUUUUCUCUCAUUCUUUUAGUUCUACUUCACGAUGGUGCAAGUGUGUGUCUGUGUAGGCUGGCGUCUCUGACUUUUUUUCAAGGAUCAUGGCAGGAUCACAAAUGCUUUUUGUACAUGUUCGAUCCAGGCCUUUGAAUCACAUUUUUUUUUUUUUUUUUUUUUUUUAAAUAAGGGUAUGGGGGGAGCUCCUCACCAAAUUCAAGCUUGUACAUUAUUUUUGAUUGUUUUUAAAUUUUGAGUUUUAUUGUUUUGUAUGUAAAUAUGUGGACCCAGGAACUGUUAUUAAUGAGCAAAAAGUUACCGUUCAGGGCAGUGAUUCUGUUUAAUAAUCAGACAAAAUGUAGACGAGCUUUUUAAAGCCAUAUAGUUUUAACUCUGUACAGUAGGUACCGGCCUGUAUUAUUGUAACAAUAACUCUAGCGAUGUAUAGUGUAUCUAUAUAGUUUGGAGUGCCUUCGCUUCCAUGAUUUUUUUAAUUUUAUUUCCCUUUUUUUGUCCUUUUUAACAGCUGUAGCCCAGACAAAAUGGCAUCUUUGCUCCCCUGCUUUCUCACCCUUUGGAGUGCUUGUAAGGUUUCAGUGAUACCAUGGUCCGUAGUGGAACGAAAGGAAAUUGUGUUUGUGAAUCAUUUCAUUCAAGCCAUGGCUUUGCUCUGGAUGUUCUAAAGUUGCCCACGCCACUGCCCCCCAAUAGCAAUGACUGGUUUCAUUUGACACCUGCCCACUUGGCACCUAGUAGCUAGAUUAGACUUUGCACGUCUCUCCCUAUUCCUUCUGUCCAGAGGUCUUGUGGAGCCUUUGGUUUUUUGUCUCUCCCUUCACUGUGUUAAAGAGAGAGCAAAUUGGGCUUUUACAAACAGAAAAGAUAUUUAAAAAUCCCCCUAGUAUUCUACACUGAGAGCCAGACAGCCUGCAGGAUAGCUGCGGUGCUCUGGGGCCAUUACUGUAGGACACUAUAGCAUCUUUGUAUUAAGGGAAUUUCCUGUUCCUGUUUCUGCUGUUCCCCAGCCCCUCCCCUGCCAGUUUGUUUUCUUAAGACAAUAACUUUAAUGUUAUUCUUGAUUUCUUGUGCCCAGCACGAAGGCCUUGUUUUUAAAACUAGUUCACUUGUGUUUUCUACCUUGUUAGUAUUCCACAUAAGAUUGUCUUGAAUGGGAAAACACUUAACUCUUUACCAAACCAAAGGUUGCUGGUUUUUUUGUUUGUUUUGGUUUUUUGUUUGUUUUGGUUUUUGUUUUUAUCCAUCUCGUGUCCAUUCCAGUGAGGCAGAGGCUGCACUUUCUUUCUGGUGACAGGAAGGUCAGUGAUGUCAAUUUGUUUUUGACAGUCCACUCGGAAUUGUUACUAGCUUGCUUUUUUUUUUUUUUUUUUUUUAUUUUAUUUUGGCUUGUUUUUAAUGAAGUAUGGUCUUGAUCUGUCAUUUUGUCUACUCUGCAAUUGCAUAUGUUUCUGAGAUGGAAUGAAUUACAUUCUCUGUGUCCCCUGGUGGACGUCAAUCAAGACACUGGUAUUUUAAUUUCAAACUUAGCUACCUUUUUAAGGAAAAAAAUUAAUGAUGGUCGUUUACCUAUAAAUUUAAAAAAAAAAAACAAAAAAAAAUGGCUGAUCCAAGAUCCCAGUUCACUUUUCUAGUUGUUUUAAACCAAGUUUUAUCUCAAUAACGGCAGAUGCCUGCAGUUUGCAACGAGAGAUCAUUUUACAUUUUUCCAGACUUGUUAUGCUUAAAAAAAAAAACAAUUACCAGUAAACUUUUCUCUAUUAGAAAUCUCAGCUACUGAAGGUUAAAAAAAAAAAAAAAAACUACACAAGCUAUAAAAGCACAGUGGAGUAUUCGACCCAGGAGCUACUUUUCUGAGACUAUAAAAAGGCAUCUUUGGGGUUCCCAUUAUUUCCACAGGGGUUUUAGUCAGUUUUUGUUCAUGGAAUUUGUUUCAUUUUGCAACACUGCAAUAACAGCAAAACAACAGAAAAGUAAAACUAAAAAAACAGUACCUAGGGGGUUAGCUUGAGAAAAGUAGCGUCCUUGUGGUGUUCUUCCUCAAUUUUAUAUAUAUAUAUAUUUAUAUAUAUAAAUUUGCUUGCCUGUAAAAAUUUGCGUUCAUUAAUGUGUUGCUGACGGAUCACUUGGGCCUGUACACACACAAAUUAGCCUGACCGCUUCCAUCUUAAAAACAGAAAUCUACAAAAAAAUAAAUAUAUAUAUUAAGGACUGUGGGUUGUAUACAAACUAUUGCAUACACUUGUGCAAAUCUGUCUUGAUUUAAAGGAAAAGCAAAACCUGUAUAACUAUUACUACUUGAAUGCCUCUGUGACUGAAUUUUUUUUCAUUUUAAAUAUAAACUUUUUUUGUGGAAAGUAUGCUUAAUGUUUUAUUAUUUCCCCAGCCCCUCCGACCCCCUUGUAAAUACAUUUUGUUCUGUGUGACUCGGUUCGGAAAUAGUUAACUGGUACUGUAAUUUGCAUUAAAUAAAAAGUAGGUUAGCCUGGAAAUUAAAUUUAAAAAUGCAAAGUGUGUGGUCUUUAUUUCAAAACCCUGGUUUUUCUCUCCUCCUCUUCCUGCUCCACCCCAUUCCUGACCCCACACCUCUUUCCACCCCCACCCCCCCCAAAAUAGGUGGACAUGACUCUUUGUAAUAAUUAAAAUUAAAAUAAGCAUGUUUUCUUAAAUGAUCUGUGUUAUUCCAUGAUACUUUCCCAAGAGAUGCCAGCUUCUGUCUAUGAUUCCGUUUGGUUUGAUGGAGCGAGGAACCCCGUGGCAGUGCAGCUAAAAAAAACAAACAAAAAACGUUACCCUCCACCUAUAGGGGCAAGCUAAGAACCUGUGUAAAUUGCUGGCUUUGAAUACCGCACUCAUCUUUUUUUAUUUGAUCCCAUUAGUAAUGUUAUUUGGUGGUGAUCUGUAAAGUUUGUCAAGACCACAUCCAGUGGGGCUGUUCCUCCAACAAAUCAGCACGUUGCUAUCUCUGAGUUGGGUUUUCCAGUACUGGAUAAUGUAUGUAUUAAACAUGACUUGUCUAUUAGCGCAACAACAAAAAUCCUUUUUGGGCUGGCUGACCUGGCCACAUCCGUUCUGUCGCUAUCCUAAAGUCUAGAUGCAAGGUCAUGUGACUGCUGCUUCAAUAAAAACAAAUUUAUAUUGCAAA